AUGAGCACCAGAGAUCUGAUUGAGGGCGAGGCGCUUCUGGACGAGGAGGAGAAUGAUGAGGAUUUCGACGAGGAGGCUGGCGAGCCCAUUCGAGGGCCCAGCACCGGUCAACCACCUUCAUACGCUGACUCGAGCGAAGAGGACGACGAGGAAGAAGAGGACGAAGAAGCGGCUCGAGCGGUUCGGGAGGGAUUUAUCGUCGACGAAGACGAAGAGACCGAGGAACGUGCUGAGCGCCGGCGAGAACGGAGGAAGCGCAGGCGGGAGGAACGUGAACGUGAUGAUGUGCAUCUCGACCAGGAAGAUCUAGACCUCAUUGGCGAACAGAACCCCGAAUUUCAACCCCCGACAGCAGAAUCAAAAUUUAAACGCCUGAAAAGAGGCCACAAGGCCGAUCGCCCCGCCGAUGUCUUUAAUUGGGACGAAGAAGAAGAGGCUGAUUAUGGAAGGCCCAGUCACCGUCGUCGCGAUGAACUGGAAAUGGACGAUUUCAUCGAAGAAGACGAAUUCUCGGACGAAGAGCGCCAGCGUCUGGAAGACGAUGAAGAAAUUGCUCAUCCUGUUCGGAAGGGAAUCUCGGGUCUCGCCAUCACAGAAGCUACUGGCCUCGAUGAAAACGCUCUUGAGGAUAUGCGUGCGGCCUUUGGCGACGGUACAGACUAUCUCUUUGCUCUAGAAAUGGAGGAAGACGAAGAAGAGCGGGUAGAAGAGGAGGAGAAGCACCUCGAUUUGAAGGACGUCUUCGAGCCUACUCUACUUGCCGAGAAGAUGUUGACUGAUGAGGACAACGAAAUUCGCUUCACCGACGAACCAGAGCGCCACCAAAUCGCGCGCAAGCCAUACAAAGGCGUCGUCCUUACCGACGAUGAGUUCCGCGAAGAAGCCAUUUGGAUAUCGAACUUGAUGCUCUUGAGGAAGCAGCAUGUGAUUGAAGACAAUCUACAAGACCCCUUUCAACGUGCGGUUGCUAAAGUGCUCGAGUUUAUGGUGACUGAUGAUUUCGAAGUCCCUUUUAUUUUUCAGCACCGCAAAGACUAUCUUAUUCACGCCGCCAAGGUUCCAGCAUCCCCAGAUCCUGGCAAUCCCGAUGCCCCGGAAUUUGUAGUCCGCGCUCAAAAAUUAUUGAAUAUGAACGAUCUGUGGGAUAUCUUCGAGCAUGACUUGAAAUUCCGAGCCUAUAUUGACAAAAGACAUACCCUGCAAAAGACAUAUAAGAAACUGCAGGACUUGAAUGUCCAGGACGAGAUAGUGGAUGAAAUGCUUUCUUCUGCAACUACCAUGGAGGAAUUGCAAGAUGUCCAGGAAUAUUUGCACUUCCAAUAUGGACCGCAGAUUAAAGACAUUUCUUUGGCCAAUGAGGAAGCAAACGGUUCAGGUGAAGCGGAUGGCGAGACCAAUGGCCAGACGACGAAUCGACGAAAAGCCGGUGCUAAUACCUUCUUUGAAAGAAUUCGCAAGAGUAAUGUCUAUAGUCUCGUGCGUUCUUUCGGCAUUACUGCAGACGCAUUCGCGCAAGCUGCUUCUCAAAACCGACGCGGGCAAUACACCGAGGACCCUGAAAAGCCUCCAGAAGAACUUGCAGAUACCGCACUAGACGCAGACUAUACCAAUGCAACAAGCGCUCUUAGGGCUGCAAAGGCUAUGUUCGUGGAAGAAUUAGUUACGAAUCCAAGGAUGCGCAAGGUCAUCCGUGAGCAGUCUUACAGGAAUGGCGUUGUGGAUUGCCAUCGAACGGAAAAGGGUCUUCGGCGGAUAGACGAACAGCACCCUUACUACGAGUUUAAGUAUCUGCGCAAUCAACAACUUACUGAUAUUGCGCGACGUCCAGAGCUCUUCCUAAGUAUGCUCAAGGCUGAGGAAGAAGGCUUGAUAAAUGUGACGGUCACUUUUCAGAACUUUGAGCGCUAUCGCCAAAGCUUAUACAGCCAUAUCGAGUCCGAUAGCCAGAGUGACGUCGCCGACGCAUGGAAUCGUGAAAGACGCGAAGUUCUUGAUACCGCACUUGCCAGACUUGUGAAAUUGAUGACCCGCAGCGUCAAGGAAAACAUUAGACAGAAUUGUGAAAAUCAUGUCACUAAGGAGGUCCGAGAAGUCUUUUCCAACAAACUAGACCAGGCUCCUUACAAGCCCAAAGGAAUGGUUCUUGGGACCGUUCCUCGAGUACUUGCUUUAUCUAACGGCGAUGCCCCCGUGAAUGGUGAUCAUUUCAUUCAUUGGGUUUGGGUUGAGGAAGAGGGACGACCACAGGAGAAUGGAAAAUUUGCGAAAUUGCAGAUUGGUGACCCAGAACGUGGCGUUCCAGACGGUGAAGAUGUUGCAGCAUUUGUUGGGUUAGUUCGUCGUCGAGUUCCCGACGUCAUCGCUGUCUCCGGUCGGUCUCCUGAGACCCGCAAGCUUUACAAGCUGCUUUGUGACAUUGUUGAUCGCAAAGAUCUCCGUGCUGCGCCAUAUACAGUCGGCGAAGGUAAAGAAGCGAAGGAAGUGUCUGAUCGAUUGGAGGUUAUUAUGGUGAAUGGCGAAACAGCUCAGCUAUAUGCCAACAGCGAACGUGCCAACGUUGAUUUCCCCAUCAAGUCUAGUUGGCUCACAUCGUAUUGCUGUGGUAUCGCUAGAUAUCUCCAAAACCCGUUGAAGGAAUAUGCAGCACUCGGCAAAGACUUGGUCUCUAUUCAAUUCACUCCCGGCCAGCGAUAUCUGUCGGAGGAUGUUGUCUCGAAACAAUUGGAGAGCGCACUAGUCGAUAUGGUCAACCUGUGUGGCGUUGAUAUCAAUGAAGCAGUGAGUGAUACGUCAACGCAAAAUCUUCUUCAGUAUGUCUGUGGUUUGGGGCCCCGAAAGGCUUCGCAUUUAGUUAAGAUUGUCAACAUGAACGGUGGCGUCGUCAACAAUCGCGUGGAGCUACUCGGUGUCGAGGCGCAAUAUCCCGCCAUGGGCGUCAAAGUGUGGAAUAAUUGCGCUAGCUUUCUAUAUCUGGAUUGGGAGAACGUUGAGACGGAUGCGGAUCCUUUAGAUAACACCCGAGUCCAUCCUGAAGACUAUGAUAUUGCUCGGAAGAUGGCCGCAGAUGCAUUGGAGCUCGACGAGGAAGACAUCAAAGCGGAAACAGACGAGUCAGGCGCCGGCGCUAUCGUUCGAAAGCUCCUCAAAGAUGAUCUUCAAGAUCGUGUUAAUGACCUGAUUUUAGAGGAAUAUGCCGAACAGUUGGAGAAGAAUCUAAACCAGCGUAAACGAGCCACCCUGGAGACAAUCAGAGCCGAACUGCAACAGCCAUAUGAAGAACUGCGGAAACAAUUCGUCUUCCCGAGCACGGACGAGAUCUUCACCAUGCUGACGGGUGAGACCAAUGAUACUUUAGCAGAUGGUAUGGUAGUGCCGAUGUCCAUCAAACGAAUUGCCCCAGAUCAUAUUGAAGGAAGACUUGAUUGCGGCGUGGAAGUAUUGGUCUCUGAAUCAGACAUCACGGACCGACAUGACAUUCCACCCAGAGCACUUUUCCAAGUUCACCAGUCUGUCCAAGGCAAAAUCUUGUACUUGAACAAGAAGACAUUCGCGUGCAACAUGACCCUUCGUGAAGAUAAAGUUAGUAAAGGAUACCAGCGGCCAAUUGAGAAACACCGCGGCGAAUGGGAUGAGCGACAGGAGCAAGAAGAUCGAGAUCUUCUACAAGAGAAAGCGAAAACUGAAAGCCGCUUCGUUCGGGUCAUUAAACACCCGCUAUACCGUGCAUACAAUUCGAAGCAAGCAGAAGAGUACUUGGGCGGACAAAAUCGAGGCGACUGUGUUAUCAGGCCAUCCUCCAAGGGACCUGAUCAUCUUACAGUUACUUGGAAAGUUGCGGAUGGUGUUUACCAACAUAUCGACGUUUUGGAAUUGGAUAAGGAGAAUGAAUAUUCGGUCGGUCGAACUUUGAAGAUUGGUGGUAAAUACACAUACAGUGAUUUGGACGAGUUAAUUGUCAGCCAUGUGCAGACGAUGGCUAGAAAGGUAGACGAAAUUAUGGCGCAUGAGAAGUACCAAACUGGUACCAAAGCCGAUACAGAAAAGUGGCUUACAACAUACACAAUGGCCAACCCCAAACGCUCCGUCUACGCUUUUUGUAUCAAUCCAAAAUACCCAGGCUAUUUCUUCCUAUGCUUCAAAGCCGGGCAGAAUGCAUCUCUGCAAAGCUGGAACGUCAAAAUUAUUCCUCAAGGUUACGAGCUUCAGCGGAACCCCUACCCUGAUAUGCUUGGCCGUGUUGGUCAGGGUGUGCCGCGGAGGUAA